AUGGCCCGGGCCGAGCGGCUGCGGAACAAGCUCGUGGAGCGCUGCGAGCGGAUCCAGCUGCAGAGCGCGGCCAUCGCCCGGCACGUGGACGAGGUGCUGCCGGCCAAAGACCAGGACGUCCAGAGCGCGGCCAGCGCGGCGCGGGAGCUGGUGGUGCAGAGGCUGCUCCUGGUGGGCAAGGCCUGCGAGAACGAGGAGCAGCGGCUGCUGGAGAGGGUGCACGCCGAGGAGGAGAGGGCACACCAGAGCAUCCUCACCCAGCAGGUGCACUGGACAGAGGCUCUGCACAAGCUGGGUGCCCUCCGCACCUACCUGGUGGACAUGAUCACCAGCCUGGAUGACCAGGGCCUGCUGCGUGCAGAACAAGAGAUCUUCGAGAGGACAGAGCUGGCAGAGGGAAUCUUGGAGCCCCAGGAGUCCCUGAAGUUAAACUUUAAUCAGAGCUGUGUUCAGAGUCCACUGCUGCAUCGACUGUGGGCCUGUGCUGUGCUCUGCUGCCUCACAGGCUCACAGGAGAUUCACAUCGAUGAGAAAACCCUGAGCCCCCACCUCAGCCUGUCAGAAGACAAGAGAACCCUGACCUUCAGCCCCAAGAAAGCAAAGGUGGACUCGGGCUGCCCCGAGCGGUUUGACCACUGGCCCAACGCUUUGGCCACUGCCCCUUUCCACUCGGGGGUGUGUGCCUGGAAGGUCAGCGUGGAGCAGAGCUGUGCCUACAAGCUGGGGGUGUGCUACAGCUCCGUGCCCAGGAAGGGCUCUGCCAACGAAGGCCGCCUGGGCUUCAACGCCGCCUCCUGGGUGUUCUCGCGCUACGACAAAGAAUUCCGGUUCCUGCACGCGGGGCAGCCCCAGCCCGUGGAGCUGAUCAAGGCCCCCACAGAGAUCGGGGUCCUGCUGGACUUUGCAGGGGGGGAGCUGCUCUUCUACGACCCCGACUCCUGCACCAUCCUCUUCUCCCACCGGCAGCCCUUCCUGGAGCCCGUGUUCCCUGUCUUUGCCGUGGCACACCAGAGCAUCUCGCUGGGCCCCCGUGCGUGA